CAUAGUACGCGCAUCUACAUUAUAAAUUUGUUUAGUUUUGUAUAGUUUCAAGGCCAUAUAUGAUUUAUUUAUAAACCUAUGAGAUAUCAAAUUUAUGUUCAGUCAUUGUAUACAAUUGCUACGUUAAAUACCAACGAGUUAGAAUCUUACAAAAUAAUAUGACUUACAAACUCACGUAUUUCGAUAUUCCCGGCUUGGGUGAACCAAUCCGUUGGAUGUUUGCCAUGGGAAAAAUCGAAUUUGAAGACAUCCACAUUAAAAAAGAUGAUUGGUCUACAUUUAAACCAGAAACACCAUUUGGACAGCUGCCCCUUUUAGAACAUAAUGGGAAAGUGGUAUCUCAAAGCAUGGCAAUUUGCAGAUAUGUUGGUAAACUGGUUGGUCUAGGUGGAAAAGAUGCUUGGGAAGAUUUGGAAAUCGAUUUCAUGGUAGAUUGCUUCAGUGACUUUACAGGAAAAUUAAUCCAAAUGGUCAAAGAAACUGAUGAAGCUCGUAAAGAAGAAUUAAAGAAGACAGUUAAUGAAGAGCUUAUUCCUUUUUACCUAAACAAAUUUGAAGAAAGAACCAAAACUAAUAAGGGUUAUCUUGUUGGUGGACACCUCACGUGGGCAGAUGUUGUAAUUAGCUGUCUUCUAAAGAAUUUUGAAAAAUUUACAGGUGGAAGUAUGAUUGAAAACCAUCCUGGAUUAAAAAAAAUACAAAAAGAAGUUCUUUCCAAUCCAGAAAUCAAAAAGCAUAUUGAAUCACAUUCAUACACCAAUUUUGUAUAUCAAUUUAAAUAAAUUAUUUUAAAUAAAUAAAAUGUAAUAAUAGUAAUUAUUCUGUCUUAUUAACUAAAUUUAUAAAAGAAUCUUUAGUAUUUCGUUGUAGCUUCAUGUAUUUUCCGAAUACCUACAUAUACAAAUAUUAUAAGUAUCUUAAUCAAAAACUUGCAUUUUGAAUUUAUUAUAAGGGAUU